GCGCUACCUGGCAGAGAAUUCUGAAACUAAAAUAAUGAGGUUAUGUUGAGAAUAAACAAACGAAACAAACCAACAAGCAACAAAACUAAAUAAUUAUCAGCUAAAAACGACAGACAGAGAACAAUAAAAAAUAUCAGUGAUGAAUUCAAAUGGGAUAAGAUUAAUGAAAAAACCAAAUCCUUAUCCUCAAGGAAUGAGGUGUCAAAAAUGUUUAGAAAUGGGACAUUGGAGUUACGAAUGCAAAGGAAAACGAAAAUAUGUUCACAGAUCGUCCAGAACUACUCAGCUUAAAAAAUCUUUACAAAAAAAGAAUGAGGUCCCUCCAGAUACACAACUCGCGGUUAAAACCCCAGCGAAAAAGAAAAGGAAAGACUCGUCGAGUUCAAGUAGUUCCUCCAGUUCCAGCAGUUCCAGCAGCGACAGUUCUUCCUCAGAUUCAAACGAUUCAAGCGACAGUGAUUCCAGCAGUUCCAGCAGUAGUUCCAGUGGCAGCAGCGAUUCAAAUCACACACCUCGUAAAACUCCAAGUAAACGGAAAAAAUGAUAGCCCCUCUAAAUUUAAUUUUUCUCACUUAUCGAUUUGUGUCGAUAUAUUAAAUUGGCAUUUUUUUAUGUAACACAAAUCAUGCAAAAAACCUACUUAGUCUUAAAAACCUUCGUAAAACUUAUAUUUUAAGAAAACAGAUUUUACACUUUAAAGUACUUAUGCUUCCACAAUUCACAUUUAAAAAAAUUAAAUGUGACUAUUUCACGUUGAAUUUAUAAGAUUUAAGUUAUCGACGAAAUACAAUUGUAGAAAAGUUUGUACAAAGAAAUUAUUUUAAUAGAUCAUGGUGCGAGAAU